AUGGCAUCCGGAUCAAAAGGAAAAGUCCGUGAUAAGAUCUGUGAAUCCGCGCAAGACAACUACGCUUUUGACCACUCCCCCUCCACUAUCUCGUACGAGGCUCGUGUUAAUGAUGGUGCUGUUCGAUUCGACCAACGAGGUUUUCCGGCGGAUUCGGAGCAGUACGCGAUCUGGCGCCGAGGCAUCCGCAAGCUUGACUGGCGUGCUUUGCCACCGCUUACGCUGCUGUGGUGGGCCGACUUUGUCGACAGGUCCAACAUCGGCAAUGCCAAAGUCGCGGGCCUGACAACAGACCUUUCCCUGGACGGCAACAAGAUCAACAUUGCGCUUGCUGUGUUUUACUUGACCUAUAUUGCGAGCGAAAUUCCGAGCAACAUGAUGCUGCGAAAGCUGGGAGCCAAGUUCUGGCUUCCAUUUAUCGUCUUCUGCUGGGGCAUCAUCACGGUCUUCUUCGGGAUGGCCAAGAACUUUGCUGGUAUCAUUAUCAUUCGUCUUCUCUUGGGGCUUUUUGAAGGCGGUCUUCUGCCAGGAAUGCCGGUAAAUAGUCAAGCUGAUCAUGCGAAAACGUUUCGAUACGCCAGAACUCACGAAUCCUGCUGA